AUGCCCUCCUCCUCGCACCUGCUCGCAGACCCCCCCCUAGCGGGCCGCGUCGCCGUCGUCACGGGAGCCUCGCGCGGCAUCGGCCGCUCCAUUGCCCUCUCGCUGGCGCGCGCGGGCUGCGACGUCGUCAUCGCGGCCAAGUCAGUCACUGAGAAGCCCAACCUGCCUGGCACCAUCUACACGGUCGCCGCCGAGGUCCGUCUCCUCGGCUCCCGCGCCCUCCCGGUGCAGGUGGACGUCCGUGAUGACGCCGCCGUCAAGGGCAUGGUCGACAAGACCGUCGCCACCUUCGGCAGGCUGGACUACCUCAUUUGUAACUCGGGCGCGCUGUGGUGGCGUGACGUCGAAGACACCCCCAUGAGCAAGUACGACCUUGUCAACGGCGUCAACGCCCGUGCCGUCUUUAGUUGCGUGCAGGCGAGCAUCCCCGUCAUGAAGGAGCAGGGCUAUGGUCGCAUUAUCGUCAUGUCGCCCCCCGUCGACUUGUCCUUGCUCAAGGGCAAGGUCGCCUACUCCAUUUCAAAGUUUGGUAUGACUAUGAUCGCCAUGGGCGUUGCCCGCGAGCUUCAGGACACGGGCGUCGCCAUCAACGCUCUGUGGCCCGCGACCCUGAUUGAGAGCUUUGCCACUAGGAACUUUAAGAUGGCCGACAGGACCCAGUGGCGAAAGGCUGAUAUUUUAGCUGACUGCGUGCUCAAGAUCGUCCAGGAGCCGGACUUGUUUUCCGGAAUGGCCUUGAUUGAUGAAGAGUACUUGAGUUGGAAGGGCGUCACCGAUUUGAAGAAGUACCGUUGUGUCAGGGAGGUCGAGCCAAGAAAGGUUUGGCCCCCAGUCCCAGAUGCGGGAUGGGAGCCCAAGAACACAAAAGGUGUACCGCCGGGGAUUAGCGCAAAACUGUAAAUAGUGAAAAAGGCCCUCAUGUAUAGUUGGUUUGUUGGCAAAGGGGCCACCACGCCGUCAUCCCACAACGGAAGCAGGAGGUUAGACGGCACAAUGCAUGGGGUGCAUGGAACCUACCGAGAUUUUGGCUCCAGUUGCUUUCUUGCGGAACUCCUUUGCGGCUCGGGGGUUCCUCCCGUUUUGCAAGGACCGCACCUUGGUGGGAAGGAAUGCUUCCUCGUGUUUCCCUACUUAUCGAAAAGUUCGGGGACAUGGUUAACUAAUAUUGAGCGUUUUGACCGUGAAGGCGGCGAGACUUCUGAUGAAAAUAUUGAUUGAAAUAGCGAAAGUGGGCAAACCCGUCUGCCUCUAAGAUUAAAGUACUUGCUGCCGAAGGAUGUCUGGCAUUUGCAAGGAGCAAUUUCUUUUCUCC